AUGGCGUCUCAAGUACCCAUCCCUGGUACGGUUCAACUCGUCGAUGCUCAGGGCAUCUUCAACGUCAAGCAUGGUCAACAAGCCCGAGACAUUGUCCUUGUCCCCCAACCCACCGACAAUCCCGAUGAUCCUUUACGAUGGAGCGUCCCCCGAAAGACAAGAAACAUCAUCUGUGCUAUGACGUGGUGCUUCUUUGUUGCUGCCAUGAUCUCGGGCCUGUCGCCGGCGUACCUUCUCAUCGAGCGCGAUACUGGAAUUUCUGUUGCCGACCUCAGCACGGGAAAUGGCCUUCUCUUUCUGUUUCUCGGCUGGGGUACAAUGAUUACACAGUGUCUUGCACUGAACUACGGCCGUCGCUUGACCCUCAUGGUGUCUAUCAUCUGCACCACUGGCGUAACCCUAUGGACAGCAUACGUGCAGACGAGAGGGGAGUUCUUCGCCAACAGAAUCCUCCUCGGCAUUGUGUCUUCUCCACAGGAGACGCUCAUUGAGGUUAUCAUCGGAGAUAUCUUCUUUACGCACGACCGAGGUUUCUACAUGGGUGCUUACAGUUGGACCCUAUGGUGCGGUGCGUUUCUGGCGCCCGUGGCAUCUGGCUACGUCGCGCAGGAUCUUGGUUGGCGAUGGGUCCAAUAUGUCUUGACCUUCAUUGGAGCCGGCGUUGCAGUUGUAACCUUCUUUUUCUUUGAAGAGACAAUGUUCUACCGCCAUAACAACGUUGGAGACUUUCGCGGCAUCUCGGGUCUUGACCCAGACCACACGGGCAAUGUCACCGAAGUGGUUGCUGACGCCAAGUCCGGUGCAGACGAAGAGGCCAAGAUACGGGCAGUCAACCGAGACGAAGAUUCCACCUCCAGGUCUAUCGAGACAUCCGCAUUCGAGUCAACAGAAAGCACCAGGACCUACCUCGACAAGCUCAAGUUCUGGGGCUUCCGUGAUUCACGACAACCAAACACCUUCAAGCUUUUCUUCUUGCCCAUCCAGCUCCUCCUCAUGUUUCCUGGCAUGUUCUUCGGUGGCCUCCUCGUCGGUGGAAUCCUCUCCUGGUACAACGUUGUCGGCGGCUCGCUGGCCCUGAUUCUCGGCAACCCUCCGUACAACUUUAGCGCAAACAACAUCGGCCUUUGCUAUCUCGCUUGUGUCGUUGGCGUCACUAUCGGUUGCUUCAUCUCAGGUUGGAUGUCGGAUGCUCUCGCCCUCCGCCUUGCGCGACGAAAUGGAGGCGUCAUGGAACCUGAGCAGCGUCUCUGGACUUGUCUCAUUGCCCUCGUGGCGCACCCUGCCGGCUGUCUCCUCUAUGGAGUUGGUGCAUCAUAUCAGAUCCAUUGGUUCGGAAUCGUAUUUGGUCUAGGCCUCAUCUCUGUCACUCUUCCAAUGGGCUCCAACCUAGCCUUUACCUACAUUCUCGACAGUUACAAGGAGGUUGCCGGCGAGGGUCUUGUCUCAGCUAUCCUUAUCCGCAACAUGAUGGGUUUUGCUUUCGGUUACGCUGUCGUCCCGAUGAUUGAGAAUCUUGGCCUUCGGUAUGCAUUUGUGCUGAUUGCCAUCUUGGGCUUGGCCUUGUGGUGCAGCGCAAUCGUGAUGAUUUAUGUUGGGAAGACUCUUCGACGCUCGACUGCCCAGUCAUACUGGAAUCUCGUUGAACGAUAUGGUGCCACGGCUCAUUAA